AUGUGUUCAGGAAAAGUGGCUCCAGCCCCUGAGAUGAAUAUUGACUUGUUCCAGACAAUCUCCACGGUUCCCUUCUCCAUGCCAGAAAGCAUAAGGCCAAUGUCGUCGAGUUUACCCCUCAAUCUCAAACCUUUCCUGAGCAGACUAACAGGAAAGCCAGUGAUGGUGAAACUCCAGUGGGGAAUGGAGGAUAAAGGCUACCUGGUGUCCGUAGAUGGCUAUCUGAACAUGCAGCUUGCAAAUACAGACGAAUACAUAGACAGGGCCUUGUCUGGACAUCUGGGUGAAGGUUUAAUAAGGUGUAAUAAUGUCCUUUAUAUCAGAGGUGUUGAAGAAGAGGAAGAGGAUGGGGAAAUGAGAAAAGAGCAUCUUUUGAGGGAGAUUAUAUAUAGUUCAAGGCAAGAAAGAUUUGUGUGUUUUUCAGUUUGA